UCUCAGUGGUGCAAUAGGUAAGACAGCUGGUCUUGCCUAUUGCACUACCGGACAGACUGACGGACGGACGGGAACGUAACUUAGCCACCCAUAUAUUCGUGAUCAGGAAGUGGCGAAACACAUUUUGGCUAAGUUUGAGCGCGAUCGGAGGACAUGAAAUUUUGGUAGGAUUAUAGUAGGUGAGAUUAUUAAGAAUCUCACCUAAUACAGAGAAAAUCCCAUACGUGUUUUUGUAUAUAAAAAUUAGCUUUUGGCAUUAACUUUUAGGGAACUUGUCAGGGGCUUGUUAUAGAUAGGAAUAGAGUGACAAUAAUUAUUUUGUGAUAUAUAAAAAAAAGAGUUUCCUCAGUAUGAUCGUAAUAUGGUUGAUCAAAUAAUGUGAUUGCACAGUUCUCCACAACCAUUGAUCAGUCUCUGGCGAACUGUUGAACGGUGCGCAGGUGAAUUUCUACGAUCGCGCGCUCUCUCUGCUCCAGCAAACUCCAUAUACCUUCCCGCUUCCCCUACCCUUCCAAUUUGAGCAUUUUAUACUUUUACUCUCGCUUGAGACAAAAGUCUAUGUGAUUUUCUAUUGAGUAAUUUUUCUUUCUUCACCGCGUUUCGGAUCUGUGAGUCUCUGUUUCCAGUCAUCAGAGUGUCACUAAAAUGUGUGGAGUUUUGUGAAAAAAAGGACAAAAGAAAAUCUCUAUUGCGAUUUUGGAUUUUUAGUGAAACAAACAAUUUUUAAAGGAUCCUUCGCUGUUAUUGGGAAUAAAAGUAGAUUUAUUUUUAUUCCUCAUUGUUUCUUAUUAUAAAAAUUUUGAAGAAAACAGAUUACUUCCCAUUCUAUGGGUUUGUGUUUUUCCUCCUUUGUGUCUUGGUGGUAAAAAUCAUACCAGCUUAAGACUUCAACAAGUUUCCGGACACAGUAAAGCUCAGCACAAUGACCAGUGUGGAAGUACGCGGUGGUUACAAGUACUUUGGGAGUUCUUCUGCUCCAAAUAAGAAGAUCGUUCUCAAUCAUUUGGAUAUGACAGUGAACACAGGAACAAUAUAUGGAUUAUUGGGAGCUUCUGGAUGCGGAAAAACCACAUUGUUAUCGUGUAUUGUUGGAGUAAGAAAGCUGAAUGCAGGCAAAAUUAAUGUUUUAGGACGUCCACCUGGUGUUCCAGGAUCUGGGGUGCCAGGCCCUCGUAUUGGAUACAUGCCGCAGGAAGUUGCACUUGUCGAUGAAUUCACAAUCAAAGAGACACUUUAUUACUUUGGUCGGAUCUAUGGUAUGAGUGAAGAUCGCAUUUAUGAGAGAUUUAAAUUACUUCAUGAACUUCUAGAACUACCAGAUGCUAAUAGGUUCAUAGUGAACUGCAGCGGAGGUCAACAGAGGCGUGUAUCUUUUGCUGCUGCCAUGGUUCAUGAACCGGAACUUCUGAUUUUGGAUGAGCCUACUGUUGGUCUGGAUCCCAUUCUACGCGAAAAAAUUUGGCACUUUCUGGUAGAGAGUACACGAAAUAGCAAAUUAGCUGUGAUCAUCACUACACAUUAUAUUGAGGAGGCUAAUCAGGCUAAUAAAAUUGGACUUAUGAGAAACGGCAUACUUCUAGCUGAAGAUUCUCCUAGAAAUAUUCUUACUCAAUUUGAAUGCUCAUCUCUUGAAGAUGCCUUCCUGAUCCUUAGUCAGAAACAGGGAAAAUCAGAAGAGGCUGACACUACAUUACGACGUGUAGAAAUGGCUACAAAUCAGUCAAUCGACAUAAUUACUGAUGAAAAGGCAGUUGAAGGUGUACCCAAAAAGAGUCCCUUAAAGCGUAAUUUAUCAUUUCAGGAGACCAAGCGUCCUGGAAUUGUAGGGAAAUUCCAAAUUACUUCCAAAAGCCGCAUGAAAGCUCUUAUGACGAAGAACAUACUGCAACUUAUUCGUCAACCCAGUGGCAUAAUAUUUUGCUUCCUUUUUCCAAUCCUUCAGCUUUCAUGCUUCUACUUGGCCAUAGGCGGAAAUCCUCGUGAUCUACAAUUGGGCAUUGUCAAUGAUGAAGUUGAUGACUUUAAACUGUGCCAAAAUGAAUCUCUUAUAACCACAUUCGCUCAUGAUUACACAUGUGAUCUAUAUAAAAUAUCAUGUCGUUUCCUUCAUGAGCUAACACCUGAUAUUGCUAAAAAGGUGUACUUCAAUACCAAAGAUGAUGCUCAUGAUGCCGCAAAAAAAGGAAAAAUCACAGGCUAUAUACAUUUUGCACGAAAUUUCACUGAAUCUAUAGCUGAGAUUCGGGAUGAGGGUAGACAUGCAGCUAAUGAGUCUUUCUAUAAUGGAGAAAUUCGCAUUUUUAUGGAUAUGACAGAUCAACAAAUUUCCUUCUUUCUCGAGAGAAAACUAAGAUCGACGUAUCAAAAAUUCUCAGAAACUCUUAUGUCUGAUUGUGAAUUGCCUAUAGCUCUUGGAAAUAUUCCUAUUCAUUUCUAUGAACCAAUUUUCGGAUAUGCCGAAGGUGAAUUUAAGGAAUUCAUAGCUCCAGGAAUUAUCAUGACAAUGGUAUUUUUCCUUGCUACUCUCGUCACUUCUACAAUUUUCAUCACUGACAAAUUGGACGGCGUGUGGGAUCGUACAUUAAUUGCGGGAAUAUCUGUUACUGAACUCCUUGUAGCACAUGUAAUCACGCAAUCCGUUAUUAUGGUGAUACAGUGUCUUGAAGUAGUUUUCUAUGCAGCAUAUUUCUUUAAUGCAGAAAACCGUGGUGACAAUGUAACUGUCAUUGGGCUUCUAACACUUCUUGGUUUUGCCGGGAUGCUAUUCGGUCUUUUGAUCUCAAUAUUUUGUGAAUCACAUACAACCGCCAGUUUCGUAGCUACAGGGAGUUUCUACCCUAUGAUUAUUCUUUGUGGACUUCUUUGGCCGCUCGAAGGAAUGCCUACAAUAUUACGAUAUAUCGCCUACACUUUUCCUUUUACCAUUCCAUCGCUAGCUGUGCGAAAUAUACUCUCAAAAGGGUGGAGCAUCACGCAUAGUCAAGUGGCCAACGGAUUUGGUGUGGUUAUCCUCUGGAUUGUAGUACUUUUCAUUCUCUGCAUAAUGGGUCUCAAAAUGAAACGAUAAGCCCAUGCUUUUUUAUGAGUGUACAUAUGUGUCUGUAAAGUGUGAAGCUAUUGUGAUUUUCAAUUUUUUGUACUCUUUCAUGAUCUUAUAUCGUGUAGAUAUGUCACUGUAUAUAUUAUAUUUAGUGUAUGUUAAAGUUAGUGGAUGUAGUGAUUAUGGGAUGUUUAUCUUCUUUUGUUUUAAAAUUAUUAAGAAAAUAAAAGAUAUAUAAAAUA